AUGAAGUCCACCGUCUUCUUCAUCCUUGCUCUGCUCCUCAUUUUGGAGAGCCAAGCAGCUGGGAAGAGUUUGCGUGGUCCUGCUAGAGCACAAGAUCCUCUGAUAAACCGUGUUUGGCACAAAGAAGUGGAAGAAACAGAAUCAAGCCGAGGUCAAGAUUUUGAUAAACACCGCUUUUGGGAGAAAGAUGGUCCCACGGGAGAACGAGUUUCAGUUAGACGUGAACAUCUUGAGAAAAGUCACAUUCGGUUCAAAGAGGAUUCCACGGAUGACUCAGGUUCAGUUGGAGGUCUCAAUUCUUUGAAAGGACACCUUCGGCUCAAACGACAUGAUUCCAUGGAAGAACUAGCGUCAGUGGAAGAGCGAGAUUCAGCUAACGGUGUAGAUCCUGGGAAAAGUCCCAUUUAGCGUGUUUGAACCCUUUAAGGUGCAUCCUGUCCUGACUGUACCUGUCCUUGGCCCAGGCCUGCAGGCCUCCCUGUAAUCCCCACUUUCACUUGUUGCCCAUUCUUCCAUUCCGGAUACCCAAACAUGU